GUGAUGCAUGCGUGGUCUCCUGGGGCCACCUUUGCAGUGGAGGCGGCGCUACUGCUUCGCAUGAGGUUGAUCAUAAUCAUCUCCACGGAUGCCGCGUGGGCGAGGCGUCCCACCCAGGCUGCUGUCCAGGCUGCCAUAGCGCAGGCUCUCAGUCAACUUGACAUCCCAGGUUUGGCAAUUGGAGCUUUAUCACCUGCGCAGCCACCCAAGCACCCUCGUAGGAAAGGUAAAGGUGCUGGAGCCACGGCCACUCAUGACCCUCCACCCAGCAGUGCAGUCCGGACAGUACGAAUCAAGAGCCAGGAUCGUGCCAAUGGCCGGGGGGCCAACAAGAGUGCUGCCACUCCUCCUGGCCCAAAGCCCCCGAAAGUGGGAAAGGGUAAGGGUGCCAAUGGUCCCCCCAACCAGGAUCAGGCAUGGACGGUUGUCACGCGACGCACUAAGAGCAGUGAUGAUGUUUUCCAGCUUCGUGCGCAGGAUUGGGAUGCGCCGCUGCUCUCUUUCUCAGGACUGGGGGCAACCAUCGAAGCCACGCAAGAGGGUCGGACUCUGACUGGGGUGCUCCUUGCUACCAAAGAGGACGGGGCCACGGCCCUUCGCAUGCUGAAGUCGGCUGGUAAGCCUUACUCAGUGUUGUUUGUGUGCUUGGGGAAGGGCCCCACGAGUCAGCGGAUCCCGGGCCGAAUCGGCGACACACUUCGCUUCCGUGAUGCCAUUGUGGAACAACAGUCCAGUGAUGCUCAGCUUGCCAAGCCUGCGCCUAAGGACCUUAAGACGGCGCCCAACAUCAAGCAGCUGCAAACUUCCUUGAUUUAUGUUCGCAUCCCUCAGGCUUUUGCCCCUGAGCAAACGUGGAAGGACUUCAAAGCCGGGGCCGAGCGUGCCUCGAUGAAGUGGUCCAGCUCUCAACAUGUGCAGGGGAUUGACUCCUUUGGCUGGGUUGAGGAACAGUUGCGAAAUGCUCCGGGUCGCCAGCUCUUCGGCAUCAUGCGAGUGCCAACUGCUGAUGUUGGCACUUUGCUGGGAGUCUCGGGGCAACGAGGAGUUUUUGUAGAGCCUGCCAAGCGUGACAUUCACCGCUUUCGUAGUGAGUGGAUCCCCAGGUUGUCCAAACAAGAAUCGCAUGAGCUUUACAUGCAACGAGCCCUUCGGGGCGCGCCUGCUUUGGGGCUUUCGGUGUAUGGAGAGCGCAUUGCCUGGAGACAUCCUUUGAUCGAUGGGGAGGUGCUGCCCCGUGUCUGGACCCUCGAUGGUCUCCCGGGCACUGUCAAUGCUCAGGACAUGCUACCGGCUCUUGAACAAGGCUUCAAGGAGAUAGCCCUAAUGUCCCACAGACGUAAAAAAGGUUCUCUCUCCCUGCGCUUCCGGGCGGUUUGUUUGGCGGGGGAUAAAGACUUGGUCCCGCUGCGCAUCCAAAUCGAUGACGGUGAUCCUAUUUGUCUGUGGGCAACCCUUGCUCCGGCCAGGCAGGUUGAAGCGCGGCAAAAACCGUUGGGUAAGAAAGCGGUCCCGUUUGUGAGCGCCAGCAAGCAAACUAGUCUUGAUGCCAAGCCCAGCGCGGCCGCUGCCACCGAGCAGAACGAGCUUGACGAAAACGGCAAAUCCGUUCCAAGUGCCAAGCGCGCUCGCGGGGCUACUCGCGAGGUGCCGGGCGGCUUGCAAAGAGAAGCCUGUGCUCCUGAUGGCAAUUGCGCCUAUGCCUCCGUCGCCGCUGCUCUCAACUGGAUCCAGCAGAAGUCCGGGACCGAUGCUUACAACCACCUUGAGUUACGUGCUCGAGUUGCUUCCCAUUUGACCAAACACGGUACUCAAUACGAACCAGAAUGGGACAAAGUGUUGCCAGAUGGCACCCAGGACAAGUCCUGGCAGGAUUAUCUGCAUGCCACGGCCCAGGCCGGUUCUUUUGCUUCCGAGCUCGAGCUCCGUGCCCUCGGUCGGAUCUUUGAUCUCCGGAUCCUCGUGUUGCCGGCCUCCGACUGCUUUAAGCCCAUGGUCUUUCACACGUCACAGAAGAAAAGGUUGGCGGUGCUGUGGUUUCAAGAUAAACACCUUGAGUUCCUGAAGCCCACGGGUGCAAACAGCUGCUGCAAGGAUUACCCCGAGGAAUUCUGGCAGGUCACCGAUGGGCCGGUGCGUGGCCUUCGGGCCGGGGGCAAGGCUGCAUCGGCUCGGGCGUCGUCCGUCGCGUCUGCUCGCACGGUUUUCACUUGUGAUGUGGCCUCCAAAGCUGGCACGGUUUGGACUGCUGCCUCUAAGGCUAAACCCACAGCUGCUGCGACAAGCAGGGGGUCACAAAUCGGAGCCGACGCCGUCUCGGUUUUCACUAAGAAGCGCUCUGCUCCGGCCAAACAAAGCAGCAAGCCGCGUACCUCCACCAAGGUUUCCGGAGUCGGGGUCCGAGGCGACGCCGAUGACGACAGUCAGGACUUGUCGGGAUGCGAGGAUGCCGAACAUCGUCGGAUGAGCCACCCCGAAGUUCCCAAGCCUGAGUGGACCAAGUUGAUGAAGCAAAACCACCCGGGGCUCAAAGAUCCCAAAGGCAUGCAGACCUUCGUGUGGCCGAUUCCGGUUUUCGCUAAGACUCCUGGCAACAAAAAGAAAGGGGAGUGCAAGCGCACGAUUCGGCGAUGCACUGCAGCGAUCUCCCCAUGCAUCAAGUUCAUCCGUGCAAUGACAGCCAAUCUCUGUCGCACUGGCAUCUCCAAGACGGCUGUCGUUGAUGCGUUUGCGGUAGAGCACUCUUUUGAUCUUUUAGCGCUUCAAGAGAUUGACGUGAACCACUUGUCUUCACCGGGUUAUGUCGCGGAAUGGCGAGGCAAAGGCUGCACCGCUGUUCUCAGUCCGAUCGAUGCUGCGACUCGCUCUCACAGAGUCGCCCUUGUGUCCCGUGUGCCUUGCCGACCGGUCAAACUUGAAGGAGUGCAGGCCAGCAGUCGUGUCGCGGCUGGGCUCAUCGAAGCAAAGCGUCACGAUCAGUUUGAGCAUGUGCUGAUUGUUGCUGUGUAUGGCUUUCCAGGUGAUGAGGCCGCCACCGAUGCGUUGAUCCGUGAGCUGCUCCAAGCUGGGCAGGUGCACGCAUUGGAUGAUGCUUCUGUUGAGGCGCAGGUGCCCACGAACCCGCUUCGCACCCGCCGCAUCGACUAUGGACUUUCGCACAGACGCCUGUGGGCGGACGACAUUUUCAACAUGGAUACGUGUUUUUCGGACCAUAAGGUGGUGGGUUAUAAGCUGGCGGUUACUUUUCGCACCGAGGUUUUCAGGCCGCCCAAAUUUGCCGAGCUUUCUUCUUGUGCUGCUGAGGAGGUGAGCAGGGAGUUUGAGCGAUGCUGGCAGCCGCAGGCCUUUAGAGGGUUUCUUGAACGCCAGGAUAUCGACGCGGCCUGGGCCCUUUUGUCGGACACGGCGGAAGCUGCCAUGGCUACCGAGCCGGGCGGGGCCCUUAGGAGUGCGGAGUGGCAGCCGUCUCCGCAGGCGGCCCGCCCUCAGCUUGUCAGCAGUGCAGGCCAUGAAUCCUUCACGGUGCGCGCUUUACGACGCCUUGUGAACCAACUUAGUCAGUUGAAGGCCAGGCCCUCGGACCCUUUUCUGCGGCAGCGGAUAGGACGGGGUCUCCGGCAGCUUCGUUCGAAUUUCCAGGGUUUGCCUUUCAUUAGCCUUGACUCCAUAGAAAACGUGCUGGAAUGGGCGUCUUCGCUUCUUCAGCAGAUAACCGAUCAGGAAAAACAGGCGGCCAUUGCGCGAUGGCAGGCUCGGCAGCGCGACGAUCAGGUUGCCACCACGGCAUGGGUCAAGCGCAAAGCCGAUGAAGCCGUUCNNUUGGCCCCCGAGGACUGCCGCACGGUGCACCCUUUCUCCUUCUUGCAGCAGGAGGCGGCGAUCUGGAAGGAUAAGUGGUCCCGCCAAGAGCAGGGGCUGAAUUAUGAUGCCAUCGCCACGGCUCUCCAGGUCCUUCCGGCGGUCGAAG